CUUAACAAAGCUUCUCCCAUGGCGGAUUCAAGCUCUUCACUUCCUCCUCUUUGCGAAAGGAUCUCACACAAAAGCUAUUUCCUAAGAGCUGUGGAUCUCACGAUUCUCGGCCUUCUCUUUUCUCUUCUCUUGUACCGGAUUCAACGUAUGAACGAAAACGACAACGCUUGGGUCGUGGCUUUACUCUGUGAAUCUUGCUUCUUAUUCAUAUGGCUACUUAUUACGUGCAUUAAAUGGAGUCCUGCUGAAUAUAAACCUCAUCUUGAUAGACUUGACGAAAGAGUUCAUGACUUUCCAUCGGUAGAUAUGUUUGUUACCACGGCGGAUCCCGUCAAAGAGCCGCCGAUUCUUGUUGUGAACACCGUGCUUUCUCUACUAGCUGUAAAUUAUCCGGCGAAUAAACUAGCAUGUUAUGUUUCAGACGAUGGAUGCUCACCUCUCACUUACUUCUCUCUCAAGGAAGCUUCUAAGUUCGCCAAGAUUUGGGUUCCUUUCUGCAAGAAAUACAACGUUAGAGUUAGAGCUCCUUUUAGAUAUUUUUUGAACCCUCUGGACGCAACAGAGGAUUCGGAAUUCAGUAGAGAAUGGGAAAUGACAAAGAGGAAGUACGAGGAGUUAGUUCAGAAAGUGGAAGACGCCACCAGAAAUUCUUGUUGGUUGGAUGCUGGCGAUGAUUUUGAAGCUUUCUCAAACACAAAACCAAGUGACCAUUCAACUAUAGUGAAGGUGAUAUGGGAGAACGAGGAAGGUGUGGGAGACGAGAAAGAGGUCCCUCAUUUUGUCUAUAUUUCAAGAGAGAAAAAACCUAAUUGCGUUCAUCAUUACAAAGCUGGAGCCAUGAACUUUUUGGUAAGAGUAUCAGGGUUGAUGACAAAUGCACCAUACAUGUUGAACGUAGACUGUGACAUGUAUGUAAAUGAAGCAGAUGUGGUGCGACAAGCAAUGUGUAUAUUUUUGCAAAGAACAAUGAAUCCAAACCAAUGUGCUUUUGUUCAAUUCCCUCAAGAUUUCUAUGAUUCUAACGCUGAUGAAUUCGUCAUCUUACAAUCUUAUUUGGGACGAGGAAUCGCGGGAAUCCAAGGACCAAUAUUUACAGGCUCUGGAUGUUUUCACACUAGAAAAGUUAUGUACGGUCUUUCUAUCGAUGAUUUAGAUGACGGUGGAAGUAUUUCUUCAGUUGCUACAAGGAGGAUGUUAGCUGAGGGGAGUCUAGCGAAAGAAUUUGGGAGUACUAAAGAGAUAGUGAAAUCGGUGGCCGAGGCGUUACAAAGAAAACCAAAUCCCCAACAAACCAUUACAAACUCCAUAAAAAUAGCCAAAGAAGUGGGGAAUUGUCACUAUGAAUACCAAACCAGCUGGGGCAAAACCAUCGGUUGGUUAUACGAUUCGAUGGCUGACGAUGUAAACACAAGUAUUGGAAUCCAUUCGAGAGGAUGGACAAGCUCCUACGUUUCACCAGAUCCACCAGCAUUUCUAGGCUGUAUGCCGCCAAUGGGACCGGUGGCCAUGGUCCAGUGGCGGCGAUGGGGGACGGGCAUGCUCGAAGUCUUUUUCAACAGACAAAGUCCGUUGAUGGGAUUAUUUCACCAAAAAAUAAGAUUCAGACAACGAUUGGCUUACAUUUCCAUUUCUAUGUGGGGUCUAAGGUCAAUCCCUGAGCUCUUUUAUUGUCUCUUGCCUGCCUAUUGCCUACUACACAACUCUGCCUUGUUUCCCAAGGGACUUUGUUUAGGUGUCAUCGUCACACUCGUGGGGAUGCAUUGUCUCUACACUCUAUGGGAAUUUAUGAGGGUUGGUUUUUCCGUACAAUCAUGGUAUGUCUCCCAAUCAAUUUGGAGAAUAAAAGCCACUUCUUGUUGGUUAUUUAGCAUCCUUGAUAUCACGCUAAAGCUUCUUGGAAUUUCGAAAGUCGUGCUCAUAGUGACCCAAAAGACUACGCCUGAGUCUAGGUCAGGGUCAGGAGACGAACCACCUCAACGUAUAGAUGAUGACUUAAACCCAUCUUCGGGUAAAUUAGAAAUCGAUGGCUCACUUUAUUUCUUGCCAGGCACAUUUAUUGUGUUAGUAAAUCUAGCGGCAAUAGCCGGUUAUGGGGUAGGUCUACAGCAAUGGAGUUGCAAGCAUGGAACAGGUGGUUCGGGUUUGGCCGAGGCUUGUAUGUGUGUUUUGGUGGUUAUGUUAUUCCUUCCAUUCUUAACCGGUCUGUUUAAGAAGGGAAAAUAUGGUAUCCCGUUGUAUACUUUAUGCAAAGCUGUAUUUUUAACAGCUUUAUUUGUUGUUUUCUCUGUGGGAAAGUAGUAUAGUGAUAUAAAUUUGCUAUGUAAAUGUAUUUA